UCUCUGAUCAUCUGUUGGCGAGCUGUUCAUUUUAUUCUCCCUCGGAUUUCCAAAGUUAAAUUGCUGAACACUCAAAUCAGACUGCAUUUAUCUAAAUCCCAAACUGCCAAAUCACGUCCUUCCCCUUCACAAUAAUCAUUAUUCCCUGCGAACAGAUCGACGAGUGUGCAUCGUCACCGACUCACCGAUUGGGUGACUCAUGGAACCAGCAUCUACUGAUUCUUCAACUCAACCUACUCCUUCAGUUUCUAGUACUGAAGAACAUCACUCAACCAAAGUAUCUGGACAAAUUAACAGUGUAAUUGAUUCACCAUCUUCGUUACCCGCUUCUGGCAUAUCAUCAUGGGCACGAUUGAAAAUCCCACAGGCCUUUGGGCUUGGAGCAGCACAACAGGACUCACAGACUGAAAACAAUAGCAUAUCAGCUUUCGCUCGCCUCACUGGUGGGCUUGGAUUGCGAAUGCCGUCAACUGGAACUGUUCCAGCCAACUCUGGAGCUGAGCAACCUAAUUUAAUUGAAUCGUUCACCAAAGGGUUGGUGGACUCUUCCAAGAGUGCAGUAAAGGCAGUGCAGGUUAAAGCACGCCAUAUGGUCUCUCAGAAUAAACGCAGAUACCAGGAAGAUGGAUUUGAUUUGGAUAUGACAUACAUCACUGAAAAUAUAAUUGCUAUGGGAUUUCCAGGUGGUGAUUUUAGCUCUGGAAUUUUUGGAUACAUUGAGGGGUUCUAUCGCAAUCACAUGGAAGAAGUGAUCAGGUUUUUUGAGACACAUCACAAGGGAAAGUACAAAGUAUACAAUCUUUGUUCUGAAAGGUUAUACGAUGGAUCACUAUUCCAAGGGAAGGUUGCAACUUUCCCAUUUAGUGAUCAUAAUUGCCCUCCUAUUCAACUUAUAGCAUCAUUUUGUCGAAGUGCACAUUCAUGGUUGAAGGAGGAUAUUCAAAAUGUGGUGGUUGUUCAUUGUAAAGCUGGUAUGGGAAGGACUGGACUGAUGAUAUGUAGUCUUCUUCUAUUUCUUAAGGUCUUCCCAACUGCAGAGGAAGCAAUUGGUUACUUUAACCAGAAAAGAUGCGUAGAUGGAAAGGCUCUAGUUCUCCCUAGUCAGAUUAGAUAUGUCAAAUACUUUGAACGGACUUUAACAAACUUCAAUGGAGAAGUCCAGCCUGGACGAAGGUGCAUGCUAAGAGGGUUUCGGCUUCACCAAUGCCCUUAUUGGGUUAGGCCAUCUAUUACAAUUUCUGAUCAUAAAGGAAUUCUUUUUUCCACAAGAAAUCAUCUCAAAACGAAGGAACUAAUGCCUGAAGAUUUCUGGAUCAGUGCGCGAAAGAAAGGAAUUGUGGUCUUCGCACUGCCGGGAGAGCUCGGUUUAACAGAGUUGAUUGGGGACUUCAAAAUUCAUUUUCAUGAUCGUCAGGGAGAUUUCUACUGUUGGAUGAAUACAACAAUGAUAGAAAAUCGAAAAUUUUUAGAUGCUUCAGAUUUUGAUGGUUUUGACAAGAGAAAGAUCCCAGCUCCAGGAUUCCAGGUGGAAGUUGUGAUGAUAGACUACAAUGGCACCCUUCCUGCACGGACAAAAGCCAAUCCUACCAGCAAAGGAUCUGAUGGAAUUACAAGCAAUGUCCAAGCCAAUGCAAAUUCUACUACAUCUAAUUCAAGUCCGACUGAAGUCGCUAAGAACGAAGAUGAUGAUGUAUUCUCAGAUAGUGAUGAAGAGAAGACCCGGGAAACACAAAGCAAGAGUGCAACUGACUACAAAUUUAUGGCACCUCAUCAAGUAUCUGAAACCACUACAGACAACGUAGGGAUGCUGGCUCAUACAACAGAUCGAUUGUCACUUCAGCACGAGGAACAUACACAAAACAAUGCUUCCAAAGAAUCAACUACAGAAAAAGUUCAUAAAAUUCAGGCAGGCACUAAAAACACAAUCAUGGAAUCUGGAGGAGCAAGUGAAUUCAAGGCAAUUGCAGCAGAUGCUUCAGUUUUUUCAUUUGGAGAUGAAGAUUUUGAAAGUGAUUGAGAGGAAGCAGGAUGAGCCCUUGUUCAAUUUCAAUACUGUUAUGAAAGGCAAGAGGCAUUAUGGAAUUCAUUGCAUUUUACCCCCCAAUUUGUUGUCAAAAGAACUUUCCUGUAUUUUAUUUUUUAAACUUUGUAUAUUCUUAAGGUUUUACAUAUUUAUAUGAUUCUUCCGAGUUUCCAU